AAACAACACAGCCGUAGAACAGUCUUUUCCAGUUUCCACAUCCUUAGCUAGGAACACGUUCUGUAGGCCGGGUAUCGUUUAUAUUUUUGAUAACUUACAGCAUGGAUUCGAAACGCGCGGCCCUUGAUACGGGCGACGGUCCGGUCGCGAAACGCAGUGACAUUGGUAGCUCCUCCCGGGAGUCGUCUCCUGGCGACGGCAACCAGAUCUCUCUGGCCAAGCAUGCGGCCCCGUUCACGGGCAACGGAUGCAGUGCCUCGCUGGAGUCCUACUUGUACGAUACGACUCCUGCGGGCAGCCAACUGCUGUCGUGGAGCGCUGCCGCAGAUGGGCCAACUUCUGAUAACGACGCGGAGCUGGAGAAGAUCAUACGCGCCAACAGGAAACCUGACCCCGCCAAGAUGUCCCGCAGGGAGCUGGCCAAGCAACGCCGUGAGCACACUCUGAAGGCUCUCGCCCUGGAACGCGAGCUGACCAGCAAGCCGGGCCAGUCAGCCGCCUCCGUGGUGCUGCUCAUCCGCUUUCCCGAUCCCGAGAUCACUGGUCCCAUGCUGGCCAGCCUGUCCAAGGAGAUUCGCGACGUGGUCUUGCCCUCCAGUGUGGCGCCGCGCUAUUGCCUGGUGCACCUAAGGCCCGGCGCAGAUGUGGAGGCCACCAUUCACGACAUCAACAAGGCGCGCUUCGGCACCGGUUACCUUCGGGCGGAGGUCAAGCCCUUCUCCGAUGAGGAGCAGGCCGAGUUCAUUGAUCCCUGCUCGCUGUACGUGAGCAAUAUACCCUUCAACAUGACCACCUCGGCCAUCAAGGCCUACUUUGCCAGCGCCAUGCGCGUGGAUAUCGGGGUGCUGAAGCGCGAGAAGCGCGCUCGCUACGCCUUCGUGCGCUACGCCAGUCCUGAGCAGACCAUGGAAGCGUUCAAGGAGCUAAUCGAAUCUCCGCUGAAUAGCCGCAUUCUCACAGUACGCUACCGCCGCCUUCGAAAGCGCUCCGGCAUGCCCAUGGUGCAGUGCACCAGCUCAUUCCAGACGAUCCCCUCGCCCAGUGGCGACGACGACAACGCCGACUGCAAGCUCAUUUCCCCACCGCCCGUGGAGUCGAUCGUGAUCAGCGACAGCGACAACUGCUCCGACUCCAGUGGCAACGGCAAGAGCGGCAGCAAACGUAAGACCAAGAUAAGCAAGCAGGAGAAGGAGAUUCAAAAGCUCAAGCGCCAGAUGGCCGAGUAUGGCGCCAUCAUAAAGAACUUACAAGUCGGACAAUCGUGCCUAGGAACUUCAUUUAUACCUGAUCUAACACCCAAAACAGAGCCGUGCGUGAAUCCAUCAGCUUGUUUACUGGGAUCCAAUGCGGUCCCCCUAAUGCGCGACAUUAAGCAGGAGUGUGCCUACUUAGGAAUCCCCGAUAAUAGCAGCUCCGAGAUCAUACCGGCUAGCAAGCCGAGCGCGCAACCACUAGAUGACAGCCCGAAGAAAUCGAAAACAACCUGUUUUGGCCGGAUGUUUUCAGGUCCCUUCAGACGACGCAAGAGUGCCAAGCAGACAGCUGACAAGUAUGAGGCCUUAGGGGCCUCGCCCGAGAAGGACGCCAGGCUCGAGGAGCUCUACGCUCAGCUGGAAUGCGAUCCUGAUCCUUAAACUGUCAUGCUAAGGUCUACCAAAUUACUCGUCGCAGGCGAUCCUGAGAAUAAUAAUUUAGUUUAUUUUUUAUUGGA